CCUUGUAUUCACCGUCGAUCUCAAAACAGGGAAACUUUUGUCCGUCGAUGCAUCAGCCAUCAGUUUGAGUUAAAUCUCUUUCCUGAUUUCUAGAGGCCACGGUCUAAUUUCACUAUUUCAUAACAGAGCAGAGGCAGAGGCAUACAGUUCAAAAAAUUAUGUAUAAAUACCCUUAUACCUACCUCGUCGAGAAUGUUGUCCAUCUGGAGUUCGUCGUCAUACAGUUUAAGAUCUUCAACUCUCUUUGCUGGUCUCAACCGAUCAAGGCAGUUGUGUAGGUUUUGGUGUAAGAAAACAACCACUGACAAGAUGGCAAUCACAGCCACACCGAGCAUUAGAGAUGGGUGUCUUACUGUGCGCGGUAAGGUGGUCCUGAAUGGAGUUCCGCCGAACAUUGUCACUUCUCCGGCGGGUUGUGGUUCAGCUUUCGUGGGGGCAACUUCAAACGCUGCAAGUUCUCGCCACGUUUUUAAUCUUGGAGUUUUCGAGGGAUACAGAUUUUUAAGUCUCUUCAGAUUCAAGAUCUGGUGGAUGAUACCACGUGUUGGAAAAUCUGGGAGUGAUGUUCCCCUCGAAACUCAGAUGUUACUUUUGGAAGCCAGAGAAGAUUCUGGCCUCCAUGAUGACGAGACUAUUAAACCAACUGCUGAAAACUUCUUUAUACUAAUACUACCCGUGUUGGAUGGCCAAUUCCGAACAUGUUUGCAGGGGAAUUCUAAUAAUCAGCUCCAGUUUUGCAUUGAAAGUGGGGAUCCCGAUGUUCAAUGCUCUCAAACUCUGGAAGCUGUUUUCAUCAAUUCUGGGGAUAAUCCGUUUGAGCUUUUGAAGCAUUCUAUCAAGAUAUUGGAGAAGCACAAGGGUACCUUCAGUCACAUUGAGAACAAGAAAAUUCCUGCAAACUUAGAUUGGUUUGGAUGGUGCACUUGGGAUGCUUUCUACACUGCAGUCAACCCAAAGGGAAUCAAAGAGGGUCUAGAGAGUUUGGCACAAGGAGGUUGUCCACCAAGGUUCCUUAUCAUUGAUGAUGGGUGGCAAGAAACGAUAAAUGAAUUCCAUAGAGAAGGUAAACCUCACAUUGAAGGGACACAAUUUGCUACCCGAUUGGUUGACAUCAAGGAGAACAAUAAAUUCAAGGAUGUGGACUCUGACAGUUCACGUCAGAGUUUCCAAGAGUUCAUCAAAGACAUUAAGGAGAGAUAUGGCCUGAAAUUCGUUUAUGUGUGGCAUGCUUUGGUUGGUUAUUGGGGAGGGCUUCUCCCAACAUCCAAAUCAAUGAAGAAAUACAAUCCCAAGAUUGCAUAUCCAGUCCAGUCUCCUGGUAAUGUGGGGAACGUCAGAGAUAUUGCCAUGGACAGCUUGGAGAAAUAUGGAGUUGGAAUAAUUGACCCAACAAAAAUAUAUGACUUCUACAAUGAUCUUCAUAGUUACCUUUCUAAUAGUGGAGUAGAUGGAGUGAAGGUGGAUGUACAGAACCUAGUAGAAACACUAGGUACUGGAUAUGGUGGUCGGGUCUCAUUGACUAGACAAUACCAGCAUGCCCUUGAAGAAUCAAUUGAUAAGAACUUUAAAGACAAUAACUUAAUUUGCUGCAUGAGUCACAACUCAGAUUGCAUUUACAGUUCAAGGAGAAGUGCAGUUGCAAGAGCAUCAGAAGAUUUCAUGCCAGGAGAGCCUACCUUACAGACUUUACAUAUUGCUUCUGUUUCUUUCAACAGUCUUCUUCUAGGAGAGAUCGUUGUUCCCGACUGGGACAUGUUCCAUAGCAACCAUGCCACAGCUGAGUUCCAUGGUGCAGCAAGAGCGUUAGGUGGGUGUGGGGUAUAUGUAAGUGACAAGCCAGGAACCCAUGAUUUCAAAAUCCUUAAAAAGCUGGUACUACCAGAUGGAUCUGUUCUGAGAGCUAGAUAUGCUGGCCGGCCAACUCGAGAUUGCCUAUUUGAGGACCCAGUCAUGGAUGGGAAAAGCCUGCUGAAGAUAUGGAAUUUGAACAAACUAUCUGGAGUUAUAGGCGUUUUUAACUGCCAAGGAGCAGGAAAUUGGUCAUGUAAGGAGAUAGCUAACAAUGAACCCCUAUCAGAAUCUAAGCUUUCACAAAUCUCAGGCCAUGUCAGUCCCAACAACGUGGAAUUUCUAGAACAGGUUGCAGAUGAAAAUUGGAUUGGAGAUUGUGCAGUAUAUGCCUUCAAUUCAGGACACCUUUUGAGGUUACCAAGAGAAGGAAGUUUUGGGGUUACUCUGGAUGUUCUACAAUGUGAAAUCUAUACUGUAUCUCCAAUAAGGGAAUAUGAUGAAAAGGUUCAAUUUGCACCAAUUGGGUUAGUGGACAUGUACAACUCUGGAGGAGCUAUUGAAGCACUGAAAUGCAUAAAGGAUCAUUCAGGAUGCACAAUACAAAUCAAAGCCAGAGGAUGUGGUCGUUUUGGAGCAUAUUCAAGCUCAAAACCGAGAUGUUGUUUGGUGGAUACAAAGGAGGAGGAAUUCAAGUAUAAUGCCAGCAAUUCAUUCUUGACCUUAAAGCUUGGUCUUCAGAAUGAAAGCAAUUUGAGAGAAAUAGAAAUUAUGUAUUGAUGUGUGCACAGACAGAUGCAAUCCUUUUUAUGAUUUGAGGUUCCUUAAUAUGGUUUGAUUACAACAGGAUGUAACAUUCCUUGUAAUUAAAACGAGGAUCAAUCUUAAAUCUUAAUGUGUUCCAGUUGCAAACAUGA